UCAAAGACAGCCCCUGUGCGUCAGAAGAGCACCAAACCAUCCCAAAGGAGCAGCAGAGCCCAGUGUUGGUUCUGUGGACUGGUUUGGAAGAGGACUACUGAGCAGAUAGAAGGAGGUCAACCCCACCCAACAUCAACAACUACUGUUCUAGCAUGGCUACGGCAAGCACCUCAGGGCAGAGCACCUUUGGGCUCGGGAGGAAAAAGAAGAACCCUGGUCUCAUGGAUCAGAUCACUAAGUUCUUUGGGGGAGACAAAAAGAAAAGGAGCAAGGGCUCGUUCCGGGGUCACCUGGCCACCUCCCCCCAGUCCUCCGCUCGCCGCCGGACCAAAGAAAAUGCUGUGGUGCAUUUCUUCAGGAGCAUUGUUUCCUCUCCUCGUCCUAAAUCCAGGGCCUCGUCACCGCGUGUUGAGAGCACAAAGUCGCCGGUCAGAAGACGCAGAGACCAAAGCACACUGUCCAGGAUCUUCAGCCUGUGAUGCUCUCAGCAGAGAUCAGGAGAAACCAAGUCCCGUCCACCCCCUAAACGCUGGAGCACCAUCUUCUAAGCUUUCCGCCGUGGACCACACCAAUGAUACAACGCCGAUGGGACAAGACAAAGGAGUGGAAACAGAUCUGCAAGCGGCGGACUCACAACCUCAAGAAACCCUAACCCACUAACACCAUCCUCCUGUAAGUUUAGACAGUGACAUUGACAGAGUAUGAAACCACUCUCCAGGGAUGUAGCUGGUCACUGUGCCUCUUUUUUUUGUUCUUCUUUUUUAAAUCCUACUUCUACGGAUAUCUUGUCUAGCUGUUUAUAAGAAGUUUGGUCAUGCUUUUAGUUUUAUCUUACUGUAAAAACUCUCCUAUUUGAGUAUCUUAUGGUGCUAGCGUGUGCUGUCUGAGGUUUGUUCAUGGCAGAUGCUUGUUUUUCUAUUUGUCUCCCAUCAUCUGCAUUUUGUACACGAGUGAGGCUUUAUGUAUGUCGCUGCUUCUUAGAAACACGACUCACACACCAACGUCAAAAUCUAGACUAGAGUGGUCCUGUUUGUGGCUGUUGUGCUAGAGUGAAACGUAUGUUGCAAAGCAUUUCAAAACACACCAGGAAACCUACAGUAUAUCAUGGACUCUAAUAUUGCUUUAAUUAUACUGUUUGUGUUUCAUUAUGGUUCAAUGUAAUUAAUAAA